AUGAUCGACGACGACGAUGAGGAUCUGUUCCCAACGGACGAGGAGGGUUUGGUAGACGCGAGUGGUGUCCCACAGAAAAGCUCCACCGAACAAGCGCACCAGAACAACACAUCAUCCUGCAUGGACGAUAUGUUCAACGAUGACGACGAUGAUAUGCUUGAUUUUGCCGAGCUCGAUCGGCUCGAAGCAUCGAUGGUAAGGGAGGAGGAAGACAUUCCAUCGUCAUCGUCGCCUACGAUCACUACUACAACUACUACUAGUAAUGUGCCAUCGGAUGCAGCACAAACGACGACAAGCCAGCAUUCCACGGAAGCAAACGAUAGUAAUAGGCAGGAAAUCCCGCGGAACGCACCACCCCGGGAGCGCACCGUAAAUCUGAAGCGCAUUAUGUACGAGGACGACGAUGAAGACGACAAACCAUCAUCGUCGGAGAAGAAGACGACCGCGGACGACGCAGCGAAAGCAGCUUCCCGCACACGUACAGUUAAUUUGAAGCGCAUCAUGUACGAGGACGACGAAGACGACGAUGAUGACAGCGGUAAGGAGGAUAAAGAUUGCAACCGCCAGCACUUCUUCCAGCUGCCCAAACGAAUGGCCUGA